UUGCAGCCGGCGGAUUCCCGGAGCCGGAGGGAGGACCCUCCUGGGAUCGGGAACGAGAAACAGGGAACGACAGAAAGAAAAAAAAAAAAAAAGGGAGGGACGGAGGACUGGAGUGGGCUCGGCUGUCACGGCUCCCUGACUCGUCCCGGCUCGGAAGAGGAUGAGCGGCCCCCUCUGACCCCCGGAUUAGCGCGGAGCGGCCGGAGCCAUGGCCGGGCCGCCGCUGCCCGUCCUGGCCCGGCUCAGCUACUCCAUCGGCCACUUUCUCAACGACCUGUGCGCGUCCAUGUGGUUCACCUACCUGCUGGUGUAUCUGCACUCGGUGCUGGGCUACACGUCGGGCGGCGCCGGGGUCCUGCUCCUCGUGGGCCAGGUGGCCGAUGGCAUCUGCACCCCCCUCGUCGGCUACGAGUCGGACCAGUCGGGCGGCUGCGGCCGCUACGGCCGCCGCAAGGCUUGGCAUCUGGUCGGUACAGUGAGCGUCCUCCUGUCCUUCCCCUUCAUCUUCAACCCCUGCUUGGGUUGUGGGAAGUCCACUCCGGAAUGGGCCAGCCUCUUCUACUACGCUCCCUUUGUCAUCAUCUUCCAGUUUGGCUGGGCAGCCACGCAGAUCUCCCACCUGGCCCUCAUCCCCGAGCUAGUCACUAAUGACCACGACAAGGUGGAGCUCACAGCCUUCAGGUACGCUUUCACGGUCAUGGCCAACAUUGUCGUAUAUGGGGCAGCCUGGCUGCUGUUGCACUUUGAGAGGGGCCAGCCCCAGUCACCUGGCAGCACUGAGCAGCUGGGGCAGCAUGACAUUCCUGUCUUCCGGAACCUCUCUUUAAUUGUGGUUGGGGUUGGUGCUGUCUUCUCCCUCCUGUUCCAUGUGGGCACCAAAGAGAAGAGGUCCUCCCCUCUGAGGGAGGUGCCAGAAACCACUGAACGUACCCCCUUGCUGUCUGCUGCCCCCAAGCCCCCUGCUCAGCCCCUGCUGCUCUGGAAACACUGGCUGAGAGAGCCUGCCUUUUAUCAGGUGGGGUUACUAUAUAUGACUACUCGGCUCAUUGUCAAUCUGUCCCAAACCUACAUCGCCAUGUAUCUCACCAACUCACUCCUGCUGCCCAAGAAAUACAUUGCCACCAUUCCUCUGGUAAUGUACAUCAGUGGUUUCCUCUCCUCUUUCCUCAUGAAGCCUGUCAACAAGUGGAUUGGGAGAAAUCUGACCUACUUUGCUGGUGUCCUGGUGAUCCUGGUCUUUGCCUCCUGGGUGGCUCUAGUUGACCGGCUAGGGGUACUCAUCUAUGGGGCAGCUGUGCUGCUGGGUGUGGGCUCUGCCACCAUCCUGGUCACCUCUCUGUCGAUGACAGCUGACCUCAUUGGGCCCCACACGCACAGUGGGGCCUUCGUGUAUGGGGCCAUGAGCUUCACAGACAAGGUGGCCAACGGGUUGGCUGUGAUGGUCAUCCAGAACCUGCACCCCUGCCCCUCUCCUGCCAACUCUGUUGGGGAAUCUAAGAAAAGCAAGAAGAAGGUGUCAGAGCAGAAGAAGGCCAAGAGCUUUGAAGAGACCCAGACCUCCAAGCCUGGAAAACGGACCAUCCUCACUAGAUCGGUAACCUACGACGCAUCUGUCUCCAAAGAUGUGGAGUCCUCCCUGAAGCAGAAGUCCCUGUCCGCCAGCUUCAACAAGCACAGUGCCAGCUAUCGCAAGGUCUUCAAGAACAUGGCAGAGGAGGAGGAGUUGAUUGAUAGUUUCUCCUGUGCUCUUCAAAAGGAAGUCCCCCACCUGGGCCGGCUUUAUGUCACUCAACACUAUCUCUGCUUCUGCUACAGUGUUUUCCUCAAGGAUGUGAAGCUGGUGAUUCCAAUCACCUCCAUCGCCAACAUCAAAAAGGCCAACACUGCCCUGCUGGUACCCAAUGCCCUCAGUGUCCGCACAUUGGAGGGAGAGAAGUUUCUUUUUGUGUCUUUACAUCUCCGGGAUACAGCUUAUCGGCUCCUGAAUUCCCUGUGCCAAAGCCUCCAGGCCAGCAGCCCCGUGAGCAUCCCCCCGGUCUCUCCCGGUGGCAAUGGUAGCAGCAUUAAAGGCAACAAGAAGUCGCAGGACUUGAGCCCUUCUGAGUCACAGGGGAACCAGCAGGCAGGACCCGGCUUCUGGCACACCCCAGGUCAAGCAGCCGGGCUGAACCAGGUGAAGGUAGAAGCUGAAGAGGAGCCUGCAACCCUGGGGCCCGAGAAGCCCUGGACCCAACCCCCGAUGAUGCCUCCCCCAGCUGGCUCAUGCCCAACCCUCAGCACCCUCGACAUUGUGGUCCGCAUCUACUUCGUGCUGAUGGUGGUCCUGCUUGUGUCCUCGGGCUACAUUGGCCUGAAGAUGGUGGAACUGGAGCAGCAACUGCAGUCCUUGGGGGCCUGGCCAGAGAUGAACCUGGAAAGCCAGUUUUACAGGUACAAUGAGUCUUGAAGGGGCCAGAUGGACAGGGUUGCUGGAGCCGAAGAACAGAGGUGCCUAAGACAUCCAGGCUGGUGAUCUCUCCUGUCUCGGGACUUGACCCAAGCAGGGUUUUUUUUUUUUUUCCUCACCACAGGAUUGUUAACACGUAGGGGCCAGGUGAGGCUGGGGGAAGAGUAUGCCCACAUCUAUUCUCCUGCCACCGCUUUCUCACUCCCAAGCCCCAGCUUUUCCCUCUCCCAAGUUCUGGCCCUUCCUUUGUCCCUUUAUCUCCCCUUUCUCUGAUGGGGAAAUUGAGGUCUAAGCUUAUUAGUCCCACCCCUAUGCCUCCUGCUGCCCCUGCACCUGUUAAGGGUGACUGCUACAGCCCAGCCAUUGGGGUCUCCCACCAGGAUCUGGAUUCUCCCCAGCUUUGUUUCCCCAGUCUUGGGCGGCGUGAGCCUUUUUGGACUCUUACGAUGUUGACUCUUCAUACUUGUUUAGAAAUAAAGACAGUAAAAUUUG